UGCACACUCGCCCCAUUCCCAGCCUGUCUCCACCCAGCCCAGCAAAUCAGCUGCCAGCCUUCCAGGGCUGUAUCGCCUGCCUCCCGCAGCAGCACCCGCUGCACUGUCCUGAGCUGCCCAGUGCCCCAGGACCUGGCAUGCCCACCAUGCUCCUCACGAGGCUGGGCCUGCUCUGGGUGGUGGUGCCCUGGCACGCGGGCUCCUUGUCCUUUCCCGAUGGAGCUGCUCGCACUGAAUGCCGGGGCCGUUACUUCUGGAUCUGGCUGGACAAGGCGUUCGUGGGGCAGAGCCGCUGGCGCUAUGGGGUCUAUACCGAGUCGGGGCAGUACAUCGAGGUGACACAGCAGCUGGCUUCGCAGUGCGGAUUCAUGGCAGGCACUGACCUCCGUGGGAACCCCCAGAUCCGCGUCUCCUUCCUGGCUUGUUCCGUCCGCAACACGUUUGACCAGGAUUUCAGCCUGCAGCUGCGGGUGGAGGUGACAGGCGCUGUGGGGCCCAGCGUCCACUAUGACAUGACCAUCAGCUGCCCGCUGGGAGCCUCCUGGAGCCCCCGGGAGAUUGUCUGCGAGGAGAACUACAUGGAGGUGUCGGUCCGGCGGGCUGUGCCCGGCAUCGCCAGAGAAGUGCUGAAUGAGGACUGGAUCGCUGCCUGGCCGGUGGCCCAGGGGGCGCUGAAUCAGGUGUGGCAGGUUGUCUUCCACUUCCAGAACGGCUCCCUGCUCAGCAUGCCCGCCACGCAGGCCCACAGCCUGGGCUACGGGGUCAACACCACGGCCACCCGCGUCCUCUUCCGCGCACCCUACGGCACAGCCCAGAGCGAGAUCGCCUCAGUGAGGGAGCCUGGGGGGAGAGGGGGGAGGGCAGGGCAUGGUGGCCACAGCUAUGUCUCCAUGGCGCACCGCGGAAACGUGUAA